AGCAGCUCGUUCAGUCAGUCCCAGCAGCUCGUCCUCUGCACAUGUGCAACAACACACACACACGGGAAUUAUUUAUUACACACACUCACACGGGACACACAUAAGACUUUUAUUUUAGACAUUUGUUCACCUGCUGACAGAGAGUGAACCCCUGCAGGUGAGCCAGAACAUGUCGGAGACCCCGUAGUGUUCGGUAACUGCAGGCCGGAAAACCGCUGCCAAAACCUGGCAGGAAAACGGAGGAUUCUCCCCUCUCGGAUCUCCAGUGGAUUUUAUCCGGGUUGUAUUUCAUCAUCAGGAGUGGUAUCUCCUGCUAUGGGCUCUUACUCUGUCUUCGGCUGGAUUUAACUGAAGAACCAACCUCACGGACAUCCAGAUGGUUUCAUUGAAACAUCUCAAACUGCACAUUUCCGCAUUUUGACGUCUGAUGCUCCGUCUACCCUGCAGUCGAGUCCUUUUCCGUCUGUCUGGAUAUUCUAACGGGACGUCUGUCUGUCCGGAGGAAACACAGAUCAGGUUUCGGAGUCAGCGGCACCAUAAUAAAAACUCUGAGCGGCUAAAAGAGGAUUCUAUUCUGACGAGGAGUCGCUCUGACUGGGACGACUUUAGAGUCAGGAUGAGCCUUUCAAAAUCCAGAGGGUAGUGCGGUCUGAUGUCCGCCCCCCCUCUCCUGGCCCCCCCCACUAUGCCCACCAUGGUCUCUAGGCUGCCAAAGUUCGGGUCGAAGCCCAAGCCCUCCACGAUCUCCUCCGCCCCCCCGCCUUCGAACAGCAGCACCCGCCUCACCAACGGGUUCUACCACCACCCGGGCCCCGCGGGGGUCAACGGCUCCUCCUACACACCUCCGGCCCCCGCUAACCAGAAUGGAUUCAUUCGAGUGCCGACGUCCAUGAGGUGGCGGAAAGAGAGCGAAGAGGAGGGGGGGGCGGCCGGGACUCGGUCCGCUAACAACAACCAUCAGUUCAGCCCCCAACCAAAGACCGCCUUGGGAAAGGGGCGGAGCUUCGGUUUCCCCUCGUCUUCGUCACCUACGCCGCUGUCCACCCCCCGGUUACUCCCUGUCCUCAGGAGUGGAUCCAGACCGGCAGUGAACGGUGCUUCUGGAUCUGGAUCUAAACCCCGGAUCGGCUCUCUGAGGCAGCCCGGUUUUGGUCGUCCCGGCGGUGGAACCAGUCCUGGUUCUGGUCCCGGUUCCCGAUCUGGUUCCCCCCUCCUGAAGAAGCCCCCGGCGAGUCGAUCCCACUCCAGCGACAGCCUUGGGAACGCUACGGUCCCGCUAACGGAGAACGAUCGCUUCCGGUCUCGGAGCCUCACGCAGGUCCGCCGGCAGCCCUCCCCAACCCUCACCCCUACCCUCACCCCCUCACCCUCCUCCCCCCUAUCCUGCUCCACCAGUAGGGCCGCCGCUCCUCCUAAAGGCGUCUUGGUGAAACCCAAAGGUCCCUUAAAGUCUGGACUCCUGCCCCUAAAGAAGCCCCUCCUCCUCCCCAGCACCGGCCUCGCCUCCAAGCCCAGCGGCAUCAGCUAUAAGCUUUCCCGCCCGUCACUCAUCAAGCAGUCCCGCCCCCUCAGAGUGAGCACAGCCAAUGGAGGCGGACAGGAAGCGAACCGAGGGCCGGCGGCUCGCAGGAACUCCGUAGAGACGUCAUCGACUGAGAACAGCCCAGAAAGCCCCCCAGAGGCUCCAGAGAUGGGGGGUCUGUCGGCAGUGACGGUGUCCCAGAGAGAGGUGUCGAUUCUAGGGGAGACGCUGGAGGACAUGAGCCUGUCCUCCAACUCGUCUCUGGAUAGAAAUGACACGAGUCAGGAGUACAUGGACGACUUCGACAACCUCGGAAACGGAGGGAUGGGAAUUCUUCUUCUCUCCUCUAAAAACGAAGAGGACGACUCGGGGCUCGACCAAUCAUGCGCCAGGUUUGAAGAAGACAAGAUGGCCCUCGGUGGCAUCUCCAAGGCAGCAGGUCUUUGCUUCCUGGACGGCGGCGUGGACUGGAGCGCCGUCCAUGGGGAGAACCGCCUCAACGGACUCCCCCAUCGAAGGAGGUCCAGUCAGCAGGAGUACCAUGAGCAGGGCGGCUCCUCUCUGGACCUCUCCCCCUCGGACAGCUGUGGGUCGGGGGGAACCUACAUGUGGGACGAGGAGGGCCUGGAGCCCCUGGGGGGAGGCACCACCGCCUCCAUCCACACCAACAGCAACACCACCCACCACAUCGGGAGCUUCGACUCUGACCUCAACAGCAUCGACGUUUUGAACAACCUGGACUCUUGUGAUCUGGACGAUGACGACCUCAUGUUGGAUGAGGAUCUGCCGGAGGAUGACUCCUUGCACAGCGACGGAGAGGGUUUGGCCCACAUGGCUCAGUGGAGGAUGAGGCAGCUCUGCUGGGGAAACGACAACGAGAGUGAUUUUGAGAGCUACAAGCUAACGGAAGAUCCGGGGAACAAGAGGACAGACGGAGACCUCAUUCUGGACUUUUCUUCCUCAAGCCCUCCUGCUCUGGGUGCAGAUGUGGAGGAGCUGGCUGAAGACUGCUCUGCUGUCAGAUCUCAGCUGGAGUAUCUGCAGAGGUUACUGCUGCUGGAGGAGGACGCAGACGAGGACACUCUGACCACCGACACUCUGAGUCCUGAGAUUGAGUCCAGCUCCGACACUCAGUUGCAGGCUCUCAUGCAGGAGGUGCAGCAGCUCCGGGAGGAGCUGAGGAGCAGAGACCGGACCAUCGCCCAGCUCACCCAGCAGCUGCAGACCGUUCCCGCGGUAACCGGCGACGGUUGUUGUUGCCUGGAGACGACGGAGCGUCACACACAGACGAGUUCAGCGGAGAGAGAGAGCGUCACCACACAGACACCGUGGAGAGAACACACUUCACAGAUAUUUCACUCCUCCCGCCCGGACCACCAGGAGUCACUGACGCUUUCCCCCCGCCAGCCCGCUGUAACCCCCCCGCUGAGGAGGGAGGAGUCAGGGGACAGGAAGCAGAUGAUCCGCCCCCCCGCCCGCUCUCUGCUGCCUCCUCAGCCCUCUAAACUCCACCUCUUCACCACGAGUAAAACAAGCGCCUCUUCGGGGUCAAAAGUCAAACUGGCGCCCGCAUCACCCGUCUCGUCCCGCCUCCCUAAGCCAAAGAGCCACUGAGUUGUCACCCCCCCCCACACACACACACACACUUACUCACAUUUCACUUAUUUAUUGUUAAUAUUUGCAGCGCUGUGACUGAAAGUAAAGGUUGGAACGUUUUAUUUUGAAGGUCCCGUAAUGAUUUCCUGCAGAUAGUAGAGACUGAAACCAAAGAGCAUUUCCAAUAUGGAUAAAUAAUUUGGUGUAUAAAAUGUAAACAUGAAAACGAACAGUAGAAAUGGAAAACAUGUAGAGAGACUCUCUCUAAUCGAACCCCUGGAAUACAUUUACUGACUCUAAAAAGGCUUGAUGCCGAAACAAGUCAGUGUGUGUUUGGUGCAAAAGAUCCUCUUAAAAUGUGACUGAACUCUCCUAUCAGAAGCAAAGUCAUUUAUUUAUGUUUUAAGAAAACUAAAUGCAAAAACUUCAAUAAAUAAAAAGUCCCCAAAUAAAAGUCAAACUUAUUCAGUUAAUUCAAAGUGAUGUUCAAAACAACCCAGACAAAGAUAGAGAUGAAAUGUAUGUGAGGGAAACUAAUUGGAAAGAAUACAGAUCUAUAUGUUCAUUUGUAGUUAUUCUUCGUCAGAAUGCAGUUUAUUUAUUCAUGUAGCAGAAAAAGGAAAUUAAUUGGAAAUAAAAAACUCCAGAGUGUUUAUCAGGAAAUCACAGGACCAGACAAAUAGAGCGUUUCCUGAAGCCUUUUCAAACGAUGCUCUCAUUGAAAACGACCUUCCCGCUCAGAGGACGAUUUUCUGUUCGUGCCUGAUUCCCUGACUUCCUGUUUAAAAACCGUUGCUGCUCCUCACCAAUCUCCUCUUCAUCAAAACCUUCAUCGCCGGGGAUUUGAUCCCAAAAACACAAACACUGGAUCCUCCGUCAAAACCAAGCGUCUCCAAGGUCAGACACUUCCUUUCUGUUCCACUUCUGAGAGAAUCUGCUCUCAGAGUUUAACUUAAAUCCACUUUAUAUUGAAGUUCUUCAAAACAUGAGCCGUGUUUCCGUUCGAUGUGACCCUCUGAAACUGAAUAAAUUCAACCAAGUGUGUUUUGGUCAGAAGUUGGUCUUAUAGCCAAAUCUACGCCCCAAAAAUUAAGGAACAUUUUCAUUUUUUAUUGAUCGUUUUAUUUUUACUUUUUCAAAUCUUGAAAAUAUUUUGGGAUAAUUAGAGGAAAAUCUUUAGAAGAUUCAACUUUAUUGUCAUUGCACAGAGUACAAGUACUAGGACAACGAAAUGCGGUCUCUGCAUUUGACCCAUCCUAGUGUGAGGAGCAGUGGGCUGCCAUUAUGUACGGCGCCCGGGGAGCAGUGUAGGUAACCAGUGUCUUGCUCAGGGACACCACGGUGGCACUAGGUCUUUCGGGGACUUGAACUGGUGACCUUCCAGUUCCCAGGCCAAGCCCCUAUGGACUUUGCCGCCACCGCCAAUAUUAAUAUUAAUUAGUAUUGUUUCCUAAAAGAUUCUGAUUUGUUCACAUAUUUCUUGAGAUUUAAGAGACAUAUUUUAAGGAUUUACUCCUAUGAUGUACACGUAUUGUUGGACAUUUUUUGGACAUUUUAGGAAAUUCGAAAUUAUUAUUUCCUCUAUUUUUUUUUGACAUAAUAAUAAAAUAGCUGGGUUCAAAUAUUUCUUGUAAUUUUAAAGACGUAUUUAAAUAAUUUAUUCCUGCAUUUUUCACAUAUUUGUUGGACUUUUUAAAAAGCUACUGCCGAUUAUUCGUGUCAGCCGGUGUGCUGAGAACAAAUGUGCAAUUAAGAAAUGAUAUUGUCCCAUUUGGACGCAGCCUGCUCCGAUGGGACACCUCUAAAUACAUGAAUGGAAACACGGCUAGUGACAGAUCAGGUGGACCGAUGCUAUUUUAGGAGCUUCUCUAAGUAAUGGAUAUCACAUUUUAUUCUGAAAUAUCAGGACGACGUUGCAGACCCUUCCUCACAUUAACAUUUCGGGUUGAUCUCACGCUGCGAGCCGGAGAUACAACCCGGGGAAAAUCGACCCAGUUAACAUUUACUCGACUGACUCGAACCCAGGAAGAUAAUCAGGAGGUCUGUCAGCAGUUUAUGCAAUAAUAAUAUGCAACAUCAUUCAUAAACAAACCCCUGAAACAAACACUGGAUGUUUAAAAUAUGCAAAAAGUUAGAUUCACUUUUAAAGAUGCAGAAAAAGAAACCCCCGAAAUAAUUUACGUUUUAAUGAUAUAAAACUCAUCCUAAAGAUAUUUCACAAUAAAAGCAUUCCACGAUUAGUCCUCAGAAUGCUUUUAUUGUGAAAUGUCUUAAGUGUUUUUAAGAUCCUGUGAAUGAGGCUGAACACUUCCUGUGCAGAAGUUUCACAAUAAAAGCAUUCACAAGAGAAUAAAUCUUCUCGGGAGGAUUUUAUUUUUGAAACAUCUGCACAGGAAGUGUUCAGCCUCAUUCACAGAAUAACCUGGGAGUCGUACACGUGCUGAAAACUGUUUGUAAACGUUUAGAUUUUUUUGCCGAUGAAAGCUCGCAGUUCCACGAUAAGCUGCUUUACUGUCGAUAAUAUGAAACCACUGUAUUUACUCGUAUUUAAAUAGAUAUUUAAUAAGGUUAUAUCUCCACAGCUCACCGUAGUGUAACUCUACAGUUCCCCGUACUGUACGCUGACUCUUAUUUUGAAAACUUGAAGCACAGGUCUUUUAUGUUGAAAAUCAUGCUGCCGUUUCCUGUGUCACCUGCAAUUUAUUUUGUGUGCAAUAACUCUGGAGAACUCAAGUGUACAAAGUCUUACUGCUGUUAUUGUUGUUGUUGUUAUUGUUGUUAUUAUUACACUGGAGACUUUAAGCUCUCAGUUUGAAAUGCACUUUAAACUUAAAACCUUAAUUCGUUUGUCUUAAAAUCUCUUUUAUACGACAGUGUUUUUGUGGCAUUUUAGUUAAUAAUGUAUUAUUAUCAGAGCUGGCGUAAAAAGUCCCGGAAACAAACUGACUAAAAAGUGGUGAAAUAUUCAGAAAUAAAAUGGGUAAGUUGGAAGUUACGGUACUUAUUCUGAGAAAUGAAUAGUAAAUUAACGAGAUUUCUUGUGAUUUUACCUCGUUAAUGCAUUCAAAGUAAUAAUUAAAAAGCUAACUCGCAUUAGAGGAUCCCCGCAGCCAAGCUCUGUAAUAACAGAUGCCUCGAAUACACUGGUGGUUUUGUGUGUGGUGGUUUUUCAUCAAAUGUUUGGGGUAUGUUUUCUUGCUGCUUGAUGCUCUAUUCACUUCACAUGGAUUUAAAGAAAAAACUUUAAAAAAAAAAAUCAUUUCAGUUUUGGGAAGUUAAAGACCAGCUCAGGUGAACUCCCUGCAGCCCAGCUCAAAUAACACAAAAGUCCUAAACAGGAGGAAAGUGUUUGCAGAGUGAAAUUAUUCCCACAGGAUGUAAACGCAGCGUUAUCUGCUAGCUUGGCUCCUAUUGGUUCUAAUCUUCAAUAUAGAUAUCUAAAAACUGUCUAAUAUCUGCGCCGUAUUUUAAUUGUAAUACACUUCCUCGUUGUGAUUGGCCGAUAAAGCGCUCUCUGUCGCUGAUUGGUUCAUAGUUAUUGUCCUCCUCUGUGAUUGGCUGAGAUGUCUGAUACUGCUGAGAAACUGAACGCUGAAAUAAAACUAAUGUUCAACAAAA